AUGCUUCUAUAACUGUGGUGUCAGACACUCAAAGUUUUGAGGAGAUAUCACGAGUCAGAUAGAAAUGUGUCGUUGAGGAGAAUUCGUGAAGCACUUACAAACAAAAAAUUACUUAAUUGUCAUGGAUGAUGUGUGGAGCACUGAUGACGGCUGGUGGAAACGGAUCUCAGAAGGACUGCCCAAAUCAGAGAAGCAGAGCAGCUGCGUCAUUAUCACAUCUAGAAACGAAGAUGUUAAGAGAAUGGGGGUCGAGGAAGAACAUAUUCACCGACCCAAGCUGCUUUCCGAGGAAGAGGGCUGGUUGUUAUUUUGCAAGGUUGCAUUCGUGUCAUCCAAGGGAAAAUGCAAGGAUACUGAAUUAGAACGUGUGGGAAAAGACAUACUGAAAAAAUGUGGUGGUCUUCCCCUAGCAAUCAAGACAAUUGGAGGUCUGUUGUCAUCGAAAUCUCAGUUGCUUUCGGUGUGGCAGCCGAUAAGUGAAUAUUUGCCUCAGAUAUUGGCAAAUGAAAGCAAGAGCCAUGAUUCUUUACUUGCUACCCUGCAGCUAAGUUAUGAUGAGCUUCCUCUCAACCUAAAGCAGUUUAUUCUAUGUUUUGAUUACGAGAUAGAGGUUGAUCAGCUGGCAAAUUGAUGGAUUGGAGAAGGAUUCGUUUACAAGAAAGGGACAAAAAUUGCAAGAAAAAUGGCUAUUGAAUGUUUAUCAGAAUUGAUAAGUCGAUGCCUGGUUGAAGCGGUGAGGAAAAGAAACUAUGACAGGAGAGUUUACAGUUGCAAGAUGCAUGACAUGAUUCGAGAAAUGAUAAUCAGAAUUGCAAAAGAAGAGAGCUUUUGCAGUUUAGAUGAGAAGAAUGCAAACAUAGCCACAAUCCACUCUUGCCGUUUGGGUGUGACAAAUGAAACAUUGUUGCUGCACAUGGAUGGAAACUCAAAGUUAAGGGCACUUCUUCUCACCAAAGCCAAUUGCAUUGGCUUCACUAGGUAUGUUGCAUUGGCUCAAGUCAAGUCUCUCCGUGUUUUAGACCUCGCACACGUCAAGCUUGAGGAGAGUGACCAAUUUUGUGAAGAGGAUAUGUGGCAUUGGAUCACAUCCUUCAAACGCCUAGCUUAUUUGAGUUUUCAAGAUGUGGCAAACUUGACUAAAUUGCCACGAUCCAUCAAAAAGUUAUGGGCCCUCCAAAUUUUGGUACUUGGUGAAUACAAGAACCUAAAACAGCUCCCAAGAUCAAUAACUGCUCUUCCAAAGUUGACCGUCUUGGAUGUGGGGAAUUGUACCUCUCUUUCUUAUCUACCACGAGGUCUCUCCAAACUCUCCCAUCUUCAAGAGUUGUAUGGCUUCAAGAUACCUGAUACAACAAUACCAAAAGCUUGUCACUUGCGUGAUCUUAAGGAUCUGAGAGAACUUCGAGUACUACAAUUGGAUGUCGGAUGGAAGUAUGAUAGAGGAGGAAGAACUAACGGUACUUGAACAAUCAACAGCUCAGGAUGCUAAUUAUUAAUGCUGGUGACCGUCAAGAUGAAAUUUUCUUAGAGAAGCUGGAGAAGUUUUCACCACCUAAAUCUCUCGAAGAAUUGUACCUAAGGCACUUCUGUGGAAACACUACUCCAGCAUGGAUAGCCCCCAAAUUGCUAGAUCGAUUGCAAUAUCUUUGUAUCAAGAUUCCAGCGUGCUACAACAUAUGAGCGAUCGUUUCAGGGGUAGUGAAGGAAAUAAAUGGAAAAUAGAAGGGCUGUGCUUGAAGUUCUUGCCAAAACUAGAGGAGACAUGGGAAGAAAUCAAUAGUGCAAUGCCUGGGCUAAAUUAUGCCGAAGUAAGCCACUGCAGCUCGCUGAAGUUGUUCAGUUGUGCAGUUAAGGCCAUAGGAUUUUGAAGAAAACCAGAGGAAGAAAAUGAAGAACUGGAAGAACCAGAUGCUGCUUCGCGUACGGAAGAACACCCUGAAAGCCAUCGCAAAAUCGAUGUGGACGAGUCUGUUCACUAGCAUCAUUAAGUCUUUCAGUAAUCGAUUUGUGGCAUUUUGUUGACAUUUAUGUUGUUAAAACACUUGUAUCAUACUGUACCUUGGUUUGAUGCAUUUCUCAUUUCACUUUGAUAUGUAAUACUAUUAUUAUUGUAAGUAAGCUUUCACUAGGUUGGUUUCCGUUGUGGUAUAGUCAUAUGUACGUGUGGAAAUAACCAGUGUUGCAAUAACAUUUCAGAGCGGUUUUGUUGUA